AUGUCCUCCUCUCCCCAGCAAUUCGCCAACAAGGUCAUCGCCAUCACCGGCGGCGCCUCCGGCAUCGGCCUCGCAACAGCCCACCUCCUAGCCAGCCGCGGCGCUCGGCUCUCUCUCGCGGACCUCUCGCAGGAGGGCCUCGAGCGGGCCAAGGCGGAGAUCCAGGCGGCGCACCCAAGCGCCGAAGUGCUCACGACGGCGCUCGACGUGCGGCGGGCCGACGCCGUGGACGCGUGGGUGAGGGACACAGUCUCGCGGCUGGGCGGGCUCGACGGCGCGGCCAACCUCGCGGGGGUGAUCCCGGCGUCGAUCGGCACGAGGGGCGUCGCGCAGCAGGACGCGGCCGAGUGGGAGUUCGUCGUCGGCGUCAACCUGACGGGCGUCAUGCACUGCCUGCGGGCGCAGCUGGCGGUCAUGACGGCGGCGGAGGGGGGGGCCAGGGGCGGGAGUGUGGUCAAUGCGAGCAGUAUCGCGGGACUGACGGGGCGGGAGAAUAAUGCUAGCUAUGCGGCGAGUAAGCACGGCGUGCUUGGGCUGACGAGGAGUGCUGCGAAGGAGGUGGGUGUUAAGGGGAUUAGGGUUAACUCGAUUUGCCCAGGUCGGAUAGACACCCCGAUGGCCCGGAACGCAGCCGCCAUCUCAAAGGAUUCGGGCUCGAUCCUGGGGGUCAGCGGCAACGCCGACGCCUUCUCGGACGUGGCGCUCAAGCGCAGCGGGACGGCCGAGGAGGUCGCAAAGCUGAUCGCGUUCCUGCUCAGCGACGAGUCGACGUACAUCACGGGGACUUCAAUCAGCAUUGACGGGGGUUGGUUCUGCUAGAUUUUUGUGCGUGGUUAUUUAUAGGGACGAGCUAGACGAGA